GAAGAAGCAAUUGGCCACAAAUGGUUUAUGCCACGUAUGUUAUCAAGAGGGUCCUACACUUAUCAAGAAAGAGAGAGAGAGAGAGAAAAAAAAAGAAAAAGAAAAAAAAGAGAGUUUCUAUUUCGCGAUCUCCCAAUAAAUCUAAACUGUGCAAAGAAAUAAAAUAAAAAAAAAAAAAAACUCAAACAUAUAUAUGGAGCUAGAUUAGAUAUAUAAAUCCACCCCAUUCAUUACCUUUGCCACAGAGAUUUCUUCCUCUCUACUUUUUCGCCACUUUCUCUCCCAUCUCUCUCUCUCUCUCUCUCUCUCUAAGUUCCGACUAUGUCCGGCGAAAACUGGAUUCGAGUGGCCAUGUCUGACGAUUCGUUGGUGGCUGCGGCGCUGCUUCGGCUCCGCCACUCCGACCAUAAGAAGAGCGCCGACGCCUCCUCCCCUCUGAAGCUGAAAUGGAGCGUGCGUCAACGUAGAUCGAAGAAAGGUGACCAGACGCGAGCUAGUCCCACCACUCCUCUUUCCUGGAGCGGUGCCACGUCUCUUAGCGGCUGUGCUACCACCGUUGAUGGUCUUGAGGAGUCUAGUGCCGCCGUUAAACCCUCUGACGCUGUUAGAUCUAAGAUUUCUCAAACGAGUGCAAUAACAACAACAACAACAACCACCCUUUUCAAGAGAUCAAGAAAGAAAAAGACUUUGGCUGAGCUCAAAGAAGAAGAGAUCAUGCUCUUGAAGGAAAGUAACGGUCUGAAAAAUGAAUUGGCAAGUAUGCGUGGUUUGGUUGAGCAACAAAGAGAAAGAAACAAAGCUCUAAAGAAGAUGAAGGCUGAAUCACAAUCUGCCUUAUCUUGUAAACUCGCUUUCGGACAAGGUUCAUCCUUCUUGCUCCCCGACUUAAACAUGCCUAUAGAUAACGACCCGAGCCCUGAAGUUGUCUGUUGAAAGGCCGAGCCAUAAGCAUAUCAUUCUUUUGUUAAUCCCAGCACAAAACUAUACCACUAUACCUCCUUCCACAAAUAUGUUUUUUUUUUUUUUUAACUUAACUAAAUGAAUAUGAAGAAGGUAGAUUAAUCAUAUAUAUCCUUCGCCCAUAUCCCGUGGACGGCUGAAGAAGAUUCGCCUGGAGGUGUGAAGUGGUUCGUGUUUAUGGUUAAGUGGUUUCUGACAUAUCUUCUUCUUUAGCUGGUAGUAAUAUUUUUGCUCUGCCAUUCUCCUAAAUGAAUUUUUUUUCUUUUCUUUCUCCCAUUUUCGUAGGAUGAGAUGUAUCUACAUAUAGAUAAUAGAUGUACACUUUGUUCUUUUUUCUUUCUAUUAUCUCUCGGGCAAGAAAGAUGUGUUGUAAAAUUACAUCGACUUUUAUAAUCAAUGUAACACGUUACAAAACAUUUUACUAGUACUAUUUUGUAAUUCUCA